AUGGCGGUGCGAGGUCCUGCGAGUCACGCCGCCGCGCUCAUCCCUCCGCCGCCGUCGCAGGCGGCGGCGACUCUGCAGCAGUGGGCAGAGGCUUUCGAAGCGGAGCGGCAAGGGGCGCUGCGAGGCGCCGCGGGGCCCAUCACCCCUGCUGUGGUGGCGCAAGCAGCGGAGGCGCACCUCGGCUCGCAGCUGGCGGCGCUGGGGGCGCGCGAGGCGGGGCUGCAGGCCACCGCGGCGCAGACGGCGGCGGAAAACCUGCAGCUGCGGCGCGCGCUGCACGUGGCCCGCCAGGCGGCCGAGCCGUCGGUGGUGCAGCUGCGCCAGCUGUUGCUGGACCCGGCGGUCAACCGGGAGUUUGCGGGGCUGCGGGCGGAGCUGGAGGCACGCACGCGGGAGCUGGCGGCGGCGCAGCUGGAGCUCAAGGCGCUCAAGUUUGGGCCCGAGCCGCUGCUGGCCAAGCUGGAUAGGCAGCAGGACGAGAUUGCAAACCUGCGGCGGCAGGUGGGCGAGAGCCGGGCGCAGCAGCUGGAGCGGACGGUGGCGGCGUUGCGGGAGCAGCUGGAGGAGAUGCAGCGCGUGCAUGCAGAGUUGGAGCAGCACUCAUUCGCUGUGGACCAGCAGGCGGAGCGCCUGGCCGAGCAGCUGCUGCUGGCGAAGCGAGGCCUCGGGCCGCGGCCGCAGCUGCCGGGCAGCAAGCCGCCGCCGCGCCGGCCCUAG